GUACCUCUUAUAUAUCGCUGACGACAUGACAUUUGUCAAGUCCUUCGGCUAGAAUAAUUUUUAUUACAUCUUUCUCUUUGUUGUUGAGUAGUGCGUGAUGCGGGGGAGUGAGUGGAUUGAUUGAUUAUUGGAGAUUCUGGUGCUGGUGGAUUUAUUUACGGAAUUUUUGCCCGGCUUGGCAACGAUAUUUGCUGAAAACAGUCAACGUCUGGAAGGAUUCAUUAGUGAUUUGUUAUUUUUUGUUUUUUAACAAAAGGGGAGACAGAGAUUUUUAAUAGUUCUUCGAGAUGAAACAUGGUUAUGUUCUGCAGGGUGCACCGAUCUAACGACAAUGGCACUGUCCCCGUCGGAGGAAUAUUUCUAUCUUCUUCGGGAAACAGACACCAUUAACUGGAUUUUUUUGGAUGAAGCUGCACAACAUGCAUGUACAUAUGUUCUCUACUGCAAUAUCCGUAGAAAUUUCGGAUAUUUGAGAUGUUACUUCGGAAUACGCCGAUAGUUUCCAAUUUAUAUUGUUUGGACGUUGCUGCAAUAUUAUUUUUUACUAAACGUCGACUCCAAAAAGAGCUGAUGGCUCUGAUACGUGAGCCGCCUGAGGGUGUUCAGGUUGAUGAGGACCUUGUCGGUCAGAACUUGACACAGUGGAUCGUUCAUAUGGAGGGUGCCAAGGGCACACUCUACGAGGGGGAGAGAUUUCAACUGCAGUUUAAAUUCAGCUCCAAAUAUCCGUUUGAUUCACCAGAAGUGACGUUCAUCGGUGAUAACAUUCCUGUUCAUCCUCAUGUGUAUAGUAAUGGUCAUAUAUGUCUGUCGAUAUUGACUGACGAUUGGUCACCGGCGUUGUCAGUUCAGAGUGUGUGUCUCAGCAUUGUCUCCAUGCUGAGCUCUUGCAAGGAAAAGAAAAGACCCCCUGACAAUUCGUUUUACGUUAAAACUUGUAAUAAAAAUCCAAAGAAGACUAAAUGGUGGUAUCAUGAUGAUAGUGUUUAAAUCAGGGUAGACGUGCCGCUGUGAAAACCCAUAAAAAUUCUUCAAUUGCAUAAUUACGAGUGGGAGGGGGGUAAAUCAUUAAAUUAGUUAAUUAUUCUUUUCCUUUGUGUGGAUAUGACAAGAUUACACUUGUAUCAUCGCAGUAGACAAUUAAGUAAAACAUUAAGUCGAUGGCUGAAGAGAUAUACUAUUGAAAAUCUAAUCAAGAACUAAUUUAAAAAAUUAUAAUAGUGAUCGAAAGGAACCUCAGAACUAUAAGCUAAGUUGUGAAGAAUUGUGAAUUUUAAUCGAUUGAAAAGCGUUGUAUGAAGGAAGGGACUGGGUGUCGAAUGAAGAGGCUAGCUGACGUUUAUCAAUAUUACGCAAGUUAUAUUAGACAGCUGAAAAAGAUCUCUCGUCAUUAGAUGACUAGGUAUUCAAAUGGGGAGUAAUAAAAAAUAGUAAUCAACUUCUUUUUUUCAGUUUAUUGAUUAAAAAUUCAAGUCUAAAUAUACUGCACAACGCGAUCUAGAGACAGAUAUGAGAAAACUGAUUAAAAAAUCGAUUAAUGUUGCAAUUACAUGUUCACUGGCUGAUCAGCUGAAAAAUAAAGUAACUGGAAUAUUUUAUAUGGAGCGUAUUCAUUGAAUGUUUCAACGUUUACUUUUGCUUUUUUUUGUUUUUCUUGUUUGUACAAAAACGACAGAGUAAGUUAUAUAUUAUUUUUCAAGAAUAAAUUUAUAAACGCA